AAGGAAAAGAAAAAAAAAAAAGGUCCCGAUCAACAUGGUGGCACAGGCACAAAUCAUUUAGUCCCAGAUUUGGGAGGCAGAGGCAGCUAGGGCUACACAGAGAAAUCUUGCUUUAAAAAAAAAAAUAGAUGAAUAAAUAAAAAUAAAAGAUAACACUGGCUGUUACGCUGAGAACAGUUCUACAGCAGCAGGAACCAGUAACUGCUGAGCCUUGCUCCCACCCCUUCCAAGGUGUAACCUGUUGAGGGCAACGCUGUCUGGGCAGGCUGGCCUUGGCCCCUCCACUAGAAGCAGACUGAUUUUCACAGAGCAUUGGCCGCUGGCUUCUGGUUUAGAAUCCAGUGAGGCUGCCCUUGGGGAUCCUUCGGGAGGGCAAGGGAAGGACCCAGAGUGCAGACUCCAGCCUUGAGGACGAACUCUGUCAUCCCUUCUGCCCACGGGGAAGUAUUAAUCCCAAUCCAGGUACCACACCUCAUUGUGUGCAAGCCUGCUAUUCCUCGGUGGACCACACGGCUGGCAUUGCAGUGGGAUGUGGAAAUGCCGGGAUUCCUGUCUCAUGAAGCUGGCUGGCACAAUGACAACCUUUACCCUUCUCAGAGGUACUUUCCACACCUGGGAUUGGUCACAGAAGACUUUGCCUCCCAGGGCCUAUCUUCAGGAAGAAUCCUCUUGCCUGAUCUUCCCAGGCUGUCCAAGUACCCCCCACCUUCCCCGCGGCCCCCCAAAUCUUCCAGGUCUAAUGGAUUCCUGCUGAGAACAGUGUGAGUGCCGAGCCCUGCUGCUCCUCCUCCAGCGUUCGGUGGAAGCCCAGGCCCCAAAGCCGCCUCCCUGCCACCCCAAGGAGGACUCAAGGACAAGGGCGAAGCAGGGUCGCUCAAAGCUCCGCAGCCGACCUGGGCGCUCGGAACAAAGGCAUAGCGAUUCCAACUGCCUGUGAGCCGCCAGCGAAGGGAAGCAUCAAGCAGCAGGUUCUGGAGUCCCUCACCGUCGCUUGUUUUGUUUCUUGAGACUGCCCAGGCUGCCCUGGUGCUCAUCAGAAAUCCAGACUGGCCUCUCAGUCCUCCUCCCUUGUCCUCCCAAGAGCUAGAAUUACAGGCAUGAGACAUUGUACUAGAGGAACACUGACAAGCCAUACUGCAAAGGAGGAAACAGAAAUAAAAAUAUGGGGGAGGGGAAGUAAACUACUGUAACCUUGAUUUUUCCAUGCAGAUAUAUUGUUAAUAUUACUUCUUUUUUGUUUUUACUUUUAGGAUUUUGUUUUUAGACAAGGUCUCAUUAAGCCAAGGAUGAUAUGAUUCUUGACGGCCCUUGAGUUGCUGGAGAAUGCCCAGGAAAUGACGUUGAGAAAUGAUGGAGCCAAGGAGGGUACCAGAUCAAAUACUGCGUGAAGUGAGUGGAAAGACGUCAGUAAACCAUACCCGGGAUCCGAAAUCCAGGCUGCUCCAUCCGAAAAGCUCCAUCACUACUGGCUCCGCCCCCUUCAAGGACAGAGCCCCUGGACUCCCAGGUUCCUGGCCAGGGAGGAGGAGGCAAAGGAGAGACCUAUCUGCUAGGGCGACGUGGCCUGAGGGACAGGCUACUGGUCCUGGGAUGCCCCAGCCCAAGCCCAGUGAGCAGGAGGGUGAGAGCAUGAAGGCCGGCCAGGAGCCAGCUCCCCAGCCUGGCACGGAUGUGGUCCCGGCAGCCCCCAGGAAGCCCAGAAAAUGCUCCAAACUGGUUCUGCUGACAGCUUCCAAAGACAGCGCCAAAGUGGCCGGGGCCAAACGCAAAGGAGUGCACUGCAUCAUGUCCCUGGGGGUGCCAGGCCCCGCCACCCUGGCCAAGGCCCUUCUCAAGACUCACCCCGAGGCUCAACGGGCCAUUGAAGCAGCGCCCCAGGAGCCCGAACAGAAGCGCAGCAAGCUGGACCUGGCUGUUCCCCAGCCCCUGGAGUUCCGGAAGACCCCGUAUGGGGGCCGCCUUCUAGUGUACAAAUCAUACCUGUACAAGCAAGAAAAGGCUGUGGGGGACAAGGUGUACUGGAAGUGCCGCAAGCAUUCGGAGCUCAGCUGCCGGGGCCGGGCCAUCACCCGUGGCUUCCGAGUCACAGUGAUGCGGGACCACUGUCACCCACCUGAUAAGGAGGGCCUGAAGGUCCGGCACCAGAAGAAGAAACUGCCUCCCUCAGACCUGCCUGAAGGCUCUGAAGGCCAAGAAGAUGGGGUGAGCCUAUGGCUGUACCCUGUAGAACCAGAGCCCGCCCCUCAACCAAGCCCUGAAACCCCAGAGGAGGACCAGGGGUACCGAUCCCUGGCACUGCAGAGCUUACCUCCCAAGAAACGCCCCACCCCAGGAGUGGUGCGGUAUCGGCCCCUUGAGUUCCUGAAGACCUGCUAUGGGGGCACUUUCCUGGUUCACCAGUCCUUCCUCUACAAGCGGGAGAAGACUGUGGGGAGCAAGGUGUACUGGACCUGCCGGGAGCAUGCGGUCAAUGGCUGUCGCAGCCGAGCCAUCACCCAGGGCCAGCGCGUGACGGUGAUGCGCAGCCACUGCCACUCACCUGACAUGGAAGGCCUGCAGGCCCGGCGACAGCAGGAGAAGACCAUCAAGAAGAUACAAGCAAGACGAAUUGGUGCUGGGGACCUGGAGGACUGCGAUGACAUCGAAGACUCGCUGCUCCAAGGGGUGGACAGCCUGUUCUACCGCAGGGCAAAGGGCACACUGACUCUCAGUAGGUCCAAGUCCAAGUCCAGGUCCAAGUCCAGGUCCAAGUCCAGAUCCAAGUCCAAGUCCAAGUCCAGAAAACGGCAGAAAAAGGCACGUCAGGAACCCUUGCAGGAACCCCCCGAGGAUGACCAGGAUGUGGACCCCAGAGGUCCAGAGUUCCUGAGGACCCCUCUUGGGGGCAACUUCCUGGUAUAUGAGUCCUUCCUCUACAGGAGGGAGAAAGCCGCUGGGGAGAAGGUGUACUGGACCUGCCGGGACCAGGCACGCAUGGGCUGUCGCAGCCGAGCCAUCACCCAGGGCCGGCAGGUGACUGUGAUGCGGAGCCACUGUCAUCCACCUGACCUGUUAGGACUGGAGACUAUGAGGCAGCGGGAGAAACGCCCCGGCCCCACUCAGUGGGAUGGCCCAGAAGGGCCUGAGUUCCUGAAGACCCCCCUGGGGGGCAGCUUCCUGGUGUAUGAGUCCUUCCUGUACAGGCGGGAGAAAGCGACUGGCGACAAAGUGUACUGGACCUGCCGGGACCAGGCACGCAUGGGCUGUCGCAGCCGAGCCAUCACCCAGGGCCAGAGGGUAAUGGUCAUGCGCAGGCACUGCCACCCACCUGACAUGGGUGGCCUGGAAGCCCUACGGCAGCGGGAAAACUUCCCUAACCUGACCAACUGGGAAGGCCCAGAGCCUGUGCAGCCGCUAGAGUUCCUACAGACAUCCCUUGGAGGUCGGUUCCUGGUGUAUGAGUCCUUCCUGUACAGGAAGGAGAAGGCAGCCGGGGAGAAGGUGUACUGGAUGUGCCGGGACCAGGCUCGGCUGGGCUGUCGCAGCCGAGCCAUCACCCAGGGUCGGCGGGUCAUGGUGAUGCGGAGCCACUGCCACCCACCUGACCUGGAUGGUCUGGAGGCCCUGCGGCAGCGAGAGCGCGAGCGGCUCCCCAGUGUAGCCAAGAAGAAGAAGAAAAGAACAUCAAAGAAGAGCAAAAACUGAGCAACGGGUCCUGAUGAGGCAAGUCUUCUCUGAAACAACAGAGGAGCCACCGACAACCCCCGAUGCUUCCUUUCGGUGCAGGCGCUUCCCAUCCACUCAGAUUUGCUUGACAACUCCUUCACUCUCUAGAGCAUCGACGGCCUUCACAUUUCCUCAGAGGUCCCCAGGAUUACUUGGACCUUGGGUGGUAUCCUGUGUUGGCAAAAGAAUAGUGCGAAGCUGAUGGGUAGCCUGCAGACCUGUGCCAUGCUGCUGUCGCCGUUGUGACCUUAGACAGCUGUAGAAAACGUGUCUGGACUGAUAUACCUCAACCCCACUCUGCUGCCCAAGACCUCAGCACCAUCUGCUUCCAGAGCAUGCGCCUUACAGAGAGCUUUCCAGUCGGUGUGGCCUUUGUGAGCUCCACAGAGUUCAGCACCAGUGAAUUUGUCCUGAGCCAGGGUGUGUAUGGGAACUACUUGACACCCUCUGAAGACAGUACCAGUCAGUCAUGGGGCGGGGGGGGGGGGAUGUUUGUUUUGUGUUUUGCAUCUUUUAGGGGCAGAUGCUGGAGCCUUCCUGGUCUUCAGUCACUUGCUGCUUACUAGAACAGUCAGCCCCAACCGUGACAGAGCAGGCCAGUCUCAAGGCUUUGCGGUACCUUCUGUCAGACUUUGCAUCUUACAUUCUGUCCCAACUUCAAUUAAACCUAUGUCCACAGUUCUCAGGGCAGCAGAAAUUCCUGGACGGAGCCAGCCUAGAUGUCAGGAAGAGGUGACGCCAGAUAGGCAUGCUGUGGGCAGCGGCACCACUAAGAAUUGUCCACAUGGUGUUGCCUGAUACACAAGGGUAGUUAGAUAUCAUCAAAGCCUGCCUCUUACAGAGAGGUUAGCAGAACAAAGAGAGCCAUGCCACAAGUGACACUAACAUCCCUGGGAACUGCAGAACUUUCUGCAUGCUACACCCUAGACAGAGCUGUCCUCACCCUGUCAUAGAGCUGCAUGCUCCUCUCCUUUAGCAAGCAAGCCAUGAAGCAGCCACCCCUGUGGGAUAUUGAUGGCCUGGUGCCUACCACUGGCUUCUGCUCUUCUGCUUCCCUCAAUAAACCCUAUUUAAUCUCA